AUGCCACGUCCAUUUCGCACAGAUCGCUGGUUCGUGCUGACUUGAUUCCAAGUUGUCACGCCGAUAGCUGACUGUGCCUGUAGCCAACCGUGUCGCUUGCGAAAGAUCAAGUGUGAUGGAAAUCGUCCCAGUUGCCAACGUUGUCAACGAAGCUCACGACCCUGUUCAUGGAGCGACGGCAUUCGCCGAUGUCUUGAUAUCCCGAAGCGACGAAUAUGUCUCAACUAGCGACCCUACGGAAGCUUUACAGGACCCACGAGUAGCUCACAUAUUUCGAGCUUAUAUCAAUAAUCUAGCUGGUUGGUACGAUCUGAAUGAUCGAAGACGUCAUUUUACGGACAUCGUUCCUGUCCUCGCAAGAAGGAAUUCCUUGCUUCUCAGCGCGAUACUAGCCUUCGCGGCUGCCAGCCAGAGCUCAUCAUCUGGAUCAACUCCCCUCAAAGAUCUAGCCGAUGCAUAUCACCUCGAAAGUGUGAGAAGACUCUUGGCUCUCAUGAAGCGCCCCGAUGGGUUCCGAACGGGCGUGACCUUAGCUGCGAUAUGUCUUCUUCGAUCAUACGAAAUUAUCUCGCAAAAUGUUACCUGCCAAAAUCACCUUCAAGGGUCCUAUUCCUUACUGGCGAGCCAUCCAAUCGACCUAGAGGCCGGAUUGCUGAGUGCCGGUUUCUGGAAUUACCUGAGAGAGGAUAUCACGGUCGCACUCAUAGAAAAACGCAGCCUCAUGAUUCAGCUUCCGGAGGAGCCUCUGCCUACGAAGACUGAAUGCGAUGAUGAUCUCGCCAAUCGCAUCACUUAUCUUCUAGGAAGAGUCAUCAACGGUUGUCUUCUACGUGAUGCUGUCCCUCUGGACUCCUGCGAGUGGGAGAGUUUGAGAGAUCAGCUCGAGGACUGGAGGACAUCGCUUCCUUCGGCAUUUGGCCCCAUCCUUACACCACAUCUGCUCCCCAAUAGCAGCUUUCCGAGUAUGUGGACUACCUCAGGCUGGCACGCUGCCGGACUACAAUACUAUCAUACAGCGAUGGUAAUCCUGUGGCUUGCGGAACCUUGUCCUUCAUUGGUCAACACGCUGCAGCACAUCGAAAGGAUAAACAACCUGGAAAGCAAACUAGUACACCACGCCACCAUUGUAUGUGCCUUGGCGCUGUCGAGUAGGUCUGCGCCUGUUUGGGUUAAUUCCUUUGGGCCUAUAGCUUUCUGUAAGACUUCUGCAUUUCUUUCUUGGUGAUGG